AUGAAUUUUCACUCGUUUGAUAAGAUGGGUUGGAAUAAUCAAGAUUUAGUGAUGAAUGCUAGUGGAAACUCACUUCCAUCUUCGUGGUCUUCUUCCAGUAGUUCUGAUCCGAACCCGAUGAUUCAUCGACGUGCCAUGUCACUACGACUCGAUAACUUGCCUAUUCAACAGCACAUGGAUAUGCAUCACCGUGCUUCAAUCUCCACUGCUUCACCCACCACACCCGCCUUCUUUUCUCCCAGCUUCCUGGACGCAUUAAAGCAAGAUGAUGAUAUCAUGAUGGAUACUUCAUUUGAAAAUCAUCACGGUUUAACCGAUGAUCUCAUCCACAACUUUAUGAUGAACCAGCAGGAACAGUCAACAAUCACACCAUCUGUUAUCAACACGGGAGAAGUAAACAAUCUAACAAACUGGCUUUUAAAUGGUGAUUCGCCCAAUACCACUACUUCCUCUUCUUCUCCUCCUCUUGUCCAAACAAACUCCUCACCUAGUCCUCCUAUCCAAUCAUUCUUACAGCAUCCAUCGAUCCCGGAAGAGGAAGACGAAGAUAUGGAUUCUCACGAGAAACAACGUACCAGGUUGGAGAUCGCUUCUCGCAUGAUCCCACCCGUACCAAACAAUGCCAUCGCCAUAAAACCACUUGUUCAAAAAUAUCUUUCUACCUUUGAAAAUGAGCAAAAAGUCAUGAUUCAUACCAGUAAAGUAGCUCAAAAGAGUUAUGGCACAGAGAAACGAUUCUUGUGUCCACCACCUUCAACCUUACUUUCGGGCACGUCUUGGUGGACAAAGAACGGCAAUGUUCUACAUCCACCGAAUUUAGUAGUGCAAAUUUCUGGAGAAAAGACGAGCCAAAAUGGAGUGAUUGAAUGGUAUGAUACAACAACAGGUGCAUUACUGGAUAAUACCACUUCUACCAGUUUAGCCAGUCAUCAAAGUAACACAGCCAUGUCGGGAAAUUGUGUAUCCAAACAACUGCAUAUUAACGAUGCUGAUGAGAAGCGAAAAAGAGUGGAAGUCCUCGUCAAAAUUCAUUUGGCCAAUGGCAUCUAUCUGGGCACGUUACAUUCCAAAGGAAUCAAAGUUAUCAGUAAACCCUCCAAAAAGCGUCAAAGCGUCAAGAACAUGGAACUUUGCAUUCAUCAUGGCACAACCAUUUCCUUGUUUAACCGUAUACGCUCACAAACAGUCUCAACCAAGUAUCUGGGCGUUUCCAUUAAUGGCGCUGGCGGAACAGGAACAGAAGGAGGAGAUAAAAAUAGUACUUGCUUUGUGGCAAGAACCGGUUCUUGGGAUCCCUUUGUAAUUUGGAUUGUGGAUACAACGAGAGCACCUGAUUCUACAGCCAGCGCUAAUCGUCCACAACAACAAAAUCAUCAUCCCGAAAACCCACAUUUCCCUCCGGCACCAGCUAUUGCAUUACAGACCACGACAGGCCAAUCGCCUAUUGCACUUCACUAUAAUCAGGCCAUUGUAUUACAGUGUGUAUCUACCGGUUUAGUGAGUCCGGUCAUGGUGAUCCGUAAGGUGGAUAAAGGCAGUAUGAUUAUGGGAGGCAACCGUCUUGAUGAUUUGACUGGUUCCACUGGUGGAGAAUGUGGAGAUGAAGCGUUGGGGGAUCCAGUAUCCCAGUUACAUAAGAUUGCCUUUCAAAUCGUACAAGAUCCAUCCAUUGCGCAUAAGAACAAGUCUAAAAAUGCGCCUUUCAACCCACGCCCCAUGAACUCGAUGCAUAGUGAGUGGAAUUUACCUCAAACGAGUCAGGCCAUCACGUAUCUUGCUUGUUUAAGCGAUGUAGUAGGUAUGCAUAAAACCACUACCGGACGUCAAUUUGUUUCUUGUCGUCCUAUCCCACCAUCAUUGCAACAAAGUCCAAUGCUGGAUACGACAUGGUCUGAUUUUGAUAGUUACGAUAUUUUGUCUUCGGUGGUAUCGCAGCAAGAGAACGGAAAGAUCACACGAAAGCGUCGCGUUUCUUGCGAUGUGAAUUUGGCUAAACCCAUGUCAUUACCUAAAUACCCUACCUCAUCCACAUCCACCAACUCCAUUAACAAGAUCAAUAACCGAAGAAGAGUCAAUUCAUUGAAUGAUGGAUUAAUGCCUGUGAAGAUAGAAGCUGGCGGUGCGGGUCGUCGCAGUAGUAUUUCUUCACAACAGUUUCAAAAUGAUCGACGCGGUAGUAUGAGUUCAGAUGGAGGCAUCUAUCAGGUGAAUGGUGCUUGUUGGACCGAAGAUGUAUCCGAUGCAUCCGUGUGGACCAUUGUAGGUACGGACUGUGCCAGUUAUAAAUUCUGGACACCACCCACUUCUGCCCUUGCCGACUUCAGCGCACCCUUUCAUUCCAAUCUAGGGCAAGGAAACGCCAUCACCCCUUUCCCAUUGCUAAGCAGCCAACAGACGAUUCAUCAUAACAAGCAUACCCAAGUACUCAAUUUAGCAGGCGAAAAUUUUACAAGGGAGAUCACCGUAUGGUUUGGAGAUAUUAAGGCGCCUCGUACAGACUAUAAAUCACGAGAUGCUAUUUCUUGUACUGUACCUGAAAUUAGCGAAUUAACCAAGAGUCCUGCUUCCAUGUUGGAUGAGCAGACAAAGUUACAUAAAAUACCGAUCUUGUUUGUUCGUGCUGAUGGUGUCAUCUAUAACACGGAUGUAUUUUAUACUUUCUAA